AUGGAAAAAAGUCGUACGAGUUUAGGGUUGGAAAUUCGCAGAGAGCGGUUGGACCGCCGUGUCGCAGCGACGGAGCGGAUCCGAAAAGGGUUGCGGAAUGGCGCCUGGAAAUCGGCAGUGUCGCAUCGCUUUGAUACUGAAAUGUGUCAAUCAACGCUCUUCGUAUCUUGUGAUCACCACCAAGACCCCUUCAUCAUCGCACGUCCCCGGUCGCAUCGGCUUGCAACAACAAUGAUCGCUACACAACAGGCCGCCGUGGUCGUCGCACGCCGCGCACUCCACACCAGCACCGCUGCUCGAUCAUCUGCUGGCUUCUUUGUUCGUCCCGUCAACGCUCCCACCUCGUCCAACUCGUCCUCCGCACCGCAGCCCAGGCCGGUGCGUCCAGUAGCACAGGUGCACACUCCCGAACACGUCCCUGCCGAACAGGCGCCCAACUUCCCCACAACAUGGUCCGAGAGCCAGAACCCAAGGCAAAACGCCAUGAAGGGCCCACGCUUCGAACAGCUCGACAUGCGAUUCCAGCCCCAACCGCUCGCAGCGAUCGAAAUGAUUCAGAGGGAACCUAUCCGCCUGUCUAGCAAGCGCAUUGCUGCAUGCGAUGGCGGUGGAGGUCCUCUCGGUCACCCCAAAGUGUUUAUCAACCUCGACAAGCCUGGUCCCAAGGCAUGCCCGUACUGGUAA